UACAAUCCAGCUGAGAAAGAGAUGAGAAAGAGAUGAGAAAGAGAUGAGAAAGAGAUGAGAAAGAGAUGAGAGCUGCUGAACUGCAUCAGAUCCUCAGGAUUUGGGGAUUUCUCUGCCUUUUCCUCCUGUCCCAAACAGAUGCUGUUCUGGAGGUAAUUGCUCCUUUCAAACAUAUUGCCAGAAAAGGAUUUAAUAUACUGAUUCCCUGCACAUUCCAUUUAAAUAAAUUCCCUGCUGAUCCCAAACUCUUGACCAUAGAGUGGGAUUCGUAUGGAAGGAGAAUACUGACGUAUGACAAUGGAGUGAGCACAGUGGAUCCCCGGUUCUCUCUCAACUCCAAUUUAGCACCACGGGGAGUGGCCUCUCUGUCUGUGUCUAAUACACAGGUAUCUGAUGGUGGGAGAUACACUUGUACAGUCACUUAUGGUACUGAGUGGCAAGAGGAGGAGAUUAUACUGGAAAUUCAAGCCCCCCCACAGAUCACAAUCACUAAUAAAGUUGUUAGUGAGAAUAAGGAGAGUGUCCUGAGAGCCUCCAUCACUGGCUUCUACCCCCAGGAUCUUGAUGUUAAAUGGCUGAGAGAUGGGGAGAUAUUACCUGGUGUUACUGUGAAUAAGUCCCAGAGAGACCCAGAUGGCACCCACAGUACAACCAGCACAGUGACCAUUGUACCCACCAAGGACAACAGGAACCAGAUCUUCUCUAUCCGGCUCCAACACUUCUCUCUCACUGUCCCUCUCCAGGAGGACUUCCAGCUGAUCUAUAGAGUUCCAGUUGCCCCGUCCAUACACAUCAGCCAUGAGCCAUUUUAUAAGAAUAAGGAACAGACACUGAUGUGCCGAGUGUGGGGGUAUUACCCAGAAUCCAUUGCUGUGGGUUGGUUCCUGAGUGGAAGUCGUGUGGAAACCUCAGAGAUAAAGAGGAUUAACAGUUCUGCUCUGGAGUCUUCCUACCGGUUCCUCCCAACAGCUGAGAGUCAGGGGAUGGAGAUCUCUUGUGUGGUGGAACAUCAGGCCCUCACCCAACCUCUUGUGCAAACACUAAAGGUGCAACUCACAGAUUCCAAGCUUAUUCCCCUAUUACUCAUAGGGACAUUCGUAGGAAUUUUUUGGAUAGCGGCUUUGUUGAUUUUUUUCCUUUGCAGAAAAUGUAUAUACAAGGAGAAAUUGGUCAUAGAGGAUUUGAAUUAUCUGAAAUCAAGAUGUAACAUGACCCACAGACAUUCAGACAAACAGACUGUAAUUGCAGAACUUAUUAACAUGAGGAACCCCUGUGAGUUUCCAUGAGUCAAUCCUACAAAUGGAAGUAUAAACAUCUGGAAAGGUUUUAACACCAGGAGGAAUCGUUUUUGGGAUGUACAUACACCGAGUAAAAGAUAGACUACAAAGAGUGGUGGUAAAUGGAACAUUUUCUAGUUGGACCAGUGUUGUUAGUGGAGUAGC